CACUGGACAAGCGCAGCACGGUGUCCCUGUUUGGUGAUGACAUCUCUCCCAUUGUGUUGGAUGUGGAGUUCCAGACGAAGGACAGGCUCAGGUUUAGGAUGUACGACCCCAGCCAGAAGCGCUUCGAGGUGCCCCUCAGCAUCGAUGCCCCAGGGGUGGCCGCUGAGGAUGCCAACUAUGAUGUGCAGUUCUCAUCUGACUCCUCACACUUCCAAGUGAAGAGGAAGAGCACCGGCACAGUGCUGUGGGACAGUCCCCUGGUUGAUCUGUUUUUCUCCAACCAGUACCUUCAGAUUACCACAGCUGUGCCAUCCACCUCGGUGUACGGGUUUGGUGAGCAGGAGCAUGUGUCCUUCAAACACAACAUGGACUUUGUUACCUACGGCAUGUUCAGCAGGGACCAGCCACCCACGCCACUUGCCAAUCUCUAUGGCGUUCACCCUUUCUACAUGUGUGUAGAGGAUGACUCCAAUGCCCACGGUGUUCUCCUUCUGAACUCCAAUGCACAAGAUGUUUCUCUGAGUCCAAACCCGUCUUUAACUUUCCGCACUAUUGGAGGGAUCCUUGACUUCUAUGUCUUCCUUGGUCCGACUCCUGAAAAUGUCAUUCAGCAAUACACAGAGGCCAUUGGACGCCCACACAUGCCUGCCUACUGGUCUCUGGGAUUCCACCUGUCCCGGUGGGGUUACGCCAGCCUUGAUGUCCUAAAGAACACUGCCAAACGCAUGCACCACUAUGAUAUCCCCUUUGAUGUCCAGCAUUUCGAUAUCGACUACAUGGAUCAUCGCCUGGACUUCACCUAUGACAAAACGAAUUACGCAGGUCUGCCCGAGUACAUCAAAGAGCUGAAGACAGCAGGAAUGCACAGUGUCAUUAUUCUGGAUCCAUUUAUAAGCAAGGAUGAAGAACCAGGUACUUACAGGCCGUAUGACCUCGGACAGGAAAUGGGAGUCUGGAUAAACAACUCCGAUGGCGUAACUCCUGCUAUUGGAAAGUCCUUGCCUCCCGGAUACUCAGUGUUUCCUGACUACACCAACCCCAGGACAGUGGAAUGGUGGACCCAGUUGUGUCUGGAGUUUAAGGAUGUCCUUGACUACGACGGGAUCUGGAUUGAUAUGAAUGAACCAUCCAAUGACUUAACAGGCCAACUUCCUGGAUGCGCUGCUAAUGAUAUCAAUGACCCUCCUUACAUUCCUAGCAUUACUGAUCACUCCCUGGCUCAAAAGACUCUGUGCCCUGACUCCAGGACUUACCUGGGGGAGCACUACAACACGCACUCUCUCUUUGGCUGGUCACAGACUGCUCCAACUUUCCACGUUGUCCAGCAGGCAACUGGGAAGCGGGCGUUUGUCCUGAGUCGGUCCACCUUCGUGGGCAGCGGGAAGCACGCUGGUCACUGGCUGGGUGACAACAAGUCGCAGUGGAAGGACAUGCACUACUCCAUCAUCGGCAUGCUGGAGUUCAACCUCUUUGGCAUUCCCUUUGUUGGUGCCGACAUCUGUGGGUUUAGCUCCAACACAACCUACGAGCUCUGUUUGCGCUGGAUGCAGCUCGGCUCCUUCUACCCAUUUUCCAGAAACCACAACGCAGAGGGAAAUGCUGCUCAAGACCCAGCAGUCUUUGGAGCAGAGUUUGCCAAGAUAGCUCGAGCUACACUCCGGAUCAGAUACUCCCUGCUCCCAUACCUCUACACCUUGUUCUUUGAGUCUCACGUCCAUGGCAACACGGUGGUGCGGUCGCUGAUGCAUGAAUUUACCUCUGAUCAGCAGACUCAUGGGAUAGAUACUGCCUUCCUUUGGGGACCCGCGUUUAUGGUUGCUCCUGUUCUUCAAGAGGGAGCGAGAUCAGUGGAUGUGUAUUUCCCCGAGGCAACAUGGUUUGACUACUACACAGGUAGGAAAAUACCAAGUACUUGGCACAAGACAUAUGCUACUGUCUACGCCCCACUGAACAAGAUCCCUCUGUUCAUCCGCGGAGGCCAUAUUCUGCCAGAACAGGCUCCAGCCUCAACAACUACCAAGAGCCGUCUGAACCCAUUUGGGCUCAUUAUCGCCCUGGAUGAGCACGGAGAAGCUUCUGGGUCCCUCUUCUGGGAUGAUGGUGAUUCCAUCGAUACUAUUGAAAAUGAAAACUACUUCUUGGCUAAAUAUACAUUCAGCGCAGGACACCUGAAGACAGAAAUACUUAAAAAUGGUUACCGAGGGGCUGACUCUCUGAAGUACAACAAAAUCACCAUUCUUGGCCUGAAACUGAGACCUCAUGCUGUUGCUGUGAACGGAGGGGCUGUCCGUAGAGAUGCCUUCUCCUAUGAGCUGAAUGGGAAACUCGUUUUGGGGAUUUCUGCCCCACUUACUCAUGAACUCAACCUGGCAAUUUAUUAAAAUGUUUAGAAAACGCUGACAUCCUUGGCCCUCAGAUGUUGACCUUAUUUGAUUUUAAUGUAAAGAAGCAUUUGGCCAUUAAAAUGUAACUGAUGCA